UGCGCGUAUAGAAAUCGAUCUCAAUAAUGCAGUUCAAGUGCAGAAAAUUGCACAGAGUUAAUAAGAACUCAUUAUUUGUGUAAAGAAUUUGAUUUUAAAGCAUCUCCAAAGUAUCAGAUGACAAUUCAACUGACUGAUACUACGCCAUUUUAUUACGAUCCAGGACGUCUUCCUAACCAUGAGAAGUAGAAGGUAGUUAUUGUGGAGGAUAUCUUAGAAAAGAAAGUAAUCGGACAUUGAUCUUAGUCAAGAUAAAGUCAGGAGAACUUCGUAUGUGCGUUGACUAUCAUGAUUUUAAUAAGAAAAUUGAAAAAAAAAUUUCCCGUUACCCCUUAUUGAGGAUUAUCUCGAAUUUUUAAAACAACGGAUCUGUUUCUCAAUUAAAGACCUCAAUUUACUAAUUUCCUACAAGAACGAGGGAUUGAGCACAUUAAGGGAACUACGGUCACACUGCAGGCUCAUGGUCAACUCGAGCAUCUCAAUCGCGUCCUGACACUGAUGCUUGGUAAAUUGUCUGAACCCCUACUGCGAGAUGAUUGAAAAAAUUCAGAUUAGCCCUCAGAAGACACGUUGUUAUUCGGAAUACCACAGUAAGAACCUGUUGUUGAAUAGUUUGUACCUAAUUACCGAGGCCCAUACAGGAUCAAUCGAAUGCUUGCUAACGAUCGUUAUAAAUGGUAGACAUUGAGGAUUGCAAGUUAACACAAUUGCCGUUCCGAAGUCUAUUAGACCCAGCAAAACUUAAACCUUCGUUGCAGUGCAAAAAUAAUACGAUAGAUUUAUGUUGUUAAUAUGUGCGUAAGCAAUGGAUGAACGUUAAUAUAUAUGGUCGAUCUGUAGUCACGUUGGCCGAAUGUAAAAUCUGGAAUACUGUGAAUGUAAAUUCUAACAAAUCAGCUGUUAACUUAGUUAUCGAUAAGAUUGCACCAUAUACGGACUCAUCAGUGAUCAGACCAAAGAGAUUUUUUAAAUCUUGAGCAUUUCCACGUCUGACGCCAAAAUGCUUAAAAUUCUCUCAAAACAUUCCGCUGUGUUUCGUCAAAAUCGAUUUGAAUCAUUAUAGACUAUGCUUGCUAAAUGCAUUUUCGCCAAUCAAUAUGUUGCUCUUGCCCUUUGCGACUGGUCAUUGUUACAACAGAAACGUCGAAACUUGGCCCGACGACACUGCUCUCCUCGAGAAACAUCAUCAUAUUUCGCAAAAAUGUCUCGUAUCGGUUGCAAUGAAAUUGAUAAUUUAAUGCAAAAUUUACAAAACGCCAUUAAGCCUGGCAAGCCCCUUGAUUUGAAACCUCUUAUUCUUAAAGCAUGCGCAAAUAUGUUUAGUCAAUAUAUGUGCUCAAUGCGGUUCGAUUAUGAAGACAAAGAAUUUCAACAAGUUGUUCUGUAUUUCGAUGAAAUUUUUUGGGAAAUUAAUCAAGGACAUCCAUUAGAUUUUUUACCUUGGCUUUUGCCUAUUUACAUUAAUCACACGCAAAAAAUAUGCCAUUGGUCUGCCACUAUUCGCAAAUUUAUUUUGGAGCGGGUAAUUAAUGAAAGAGAGUUGCAUAUCGAUAUAGAUGAACCUGACAUUGAUUUUACAGAUGCGCUCCUGAAGAGUCUUAUAGAAAAUAAAAAUGUGUCACGUAAUACAAUUAUUUUUAUGCUAGAAGAUUUUAUAGGUGGUCACUCAGCUGUUGGAAACUUAGUUAUGCUAGCUCUUGCUUACGUAGCCAAGGAUCCUGUUAUUGGAAAAAAAAUUCAAUGCGAAAUCGAUUGUGUAUCCGAAAGCAGUCAACGAACUAUUACCUUACAUGAUAUGGAUAAAAUGCCUUAUACCAUGGCUACUAUAUUGGAAGUCUUACGAUACUCAUCGUCACCCAUUGUUCCCCAUGUAGCCACAGAGGAUACAUCGAUAUCAGGUUAUGACAUUACUAGCGGCAGUAUUGUUUUUAUAAAUAAUUAUGUGCUCAACAUGAGCCAGAAGUACUGGAAGGAUCCUGAUAGAUUUCAACCAGAAAGAUUUUUAGAAGAAGUGACUAGUAGUGUGUCAAUGCCACAAAAAUGUUAUGGCAAAAGGAGAUGCUCCGAAGAGUCUGAUUCAGGUAUUGAGUUUGAAAAAGAUGCAAGAAUACACAAUUCUUCUGCUGAACAUCAAUAUAUACCAAGCAAGUUAAAUAAACAAAAUAUGAGAGAAAACUAUAAGCCAAAAAAAUUGCAGCUAAAAAAGAAUAUUCCCCAUUUUUUGCCUUUCAGUAUUGGAAAGCGCACAUGCAUUGGACAAAAUUUGGUGCGUGGAUUUGGAUUUGUUUUGUUAGCCAAUAUAAUAAAAACAUACAAUAUAAAUAGUGUUGAUCUUUCAACAAUUAAAAUAAAACCUGCUAGCGUAGCUUUACCUACAAUUUGCUUUCCGUUAGUAUUAACACCAAGAGUAUAAUAUUCAAUUUUUUAACAAUGGUUGAAACACGUAUAUAAUAUUCAACAUACAUUUAAUAUAUAUUGAAUUAUUUUAGUGCGGUAAUGCAAUUUAAUUUGUUUUCAUGGCUUUUUGUUUUUGCUCACACGUUUUAAGUAUUGCAUUAGGAAGUAAAGAAGCACAUUGAGUUAUUAAAUAUUAUAAAUAGCUCAUAAGCCGAUACCAUGAAGCUUAAAGGCAUAUUCCAAUAUAUAUAGUUCUAUAUAUGCAUGUCUAACAUAUAUAUGUAUGAAAAUAAAUAAUAUGUGUAAGCGAAUGUUAAAUAUCUGCUCUUAUAUUUUAAACAAUUGAAGAAUAUAUCUUGUCCUAUACGUAUUUUAAGUCUAUAUUUUGAAUCUUUAAGUUCUCUUCAUGCA